AUGACGUCACAAGUGAACGUACUUAUGGAUGCUCCUACGGUUCGAACUCGACUGCUUACACCUCCACAAUCGCAACAGAAUGACUUCUUUUUCAUCUAUGUUUCAACGAUUGUUACAGUCACAGUCCUCCUGUCAUCAGCAUUCCUCGUCUGGCGAUGGGGACUUCAAGGAUUUGGUACACAUCUCUCAGUUGCGUUAGCUAUCGCUCUUCUCAUAUUCAACGCUUACAUCGGUGCUCGUGCGUGGGCGGACCUCUACCAAGAGAACAAAGCCUUUUUGAAACAUCAAAUAGUAAGCAUCGCGGCUAUUUGGUGA